CGGCCUGACUAGUGGAAUUGCUUCUCGUGUUCACCAUGCCGAGGAGCUGCCUCGCGAAUUUGACAAACAUGGCAACGAGAUAAAUCUAUAUGCGAAUGGUCCUAGUGCGCUGGACAAAGCAGUUCAUCUCUUUUUCUUCACCGAAAUCAUCCGGGGAAUGUGGAUUGUGAUGGAGAACUUCUUUCGACCGCCCUACACAAUCAUGUAUCCGUUUGAAAAAGGUCCUCUAUCUCCUCGAUUUCGCGGCGAACAUGCUCUGCGUCGAUACCCGAGCGGCGAAGAGCGCUGUAUCGCUUGCAAACUUUGUGAAGCUAUUUGUCCUGCUCAAGCAAUUACAAUUGAGAGCGAGGCUCGGUUGGACGGGUCAAGGAAGACCACCAAAUACGAUAUCGAUAUGACCAAAUGCAUUUAUUGCGGCUUUUGUCAGGAGGCAUGUCCUGUUGACGCGAUUGUGGAGACACAAAACCAGGAGUUUUCUACUGAGACUCGUGAAGAGUUGCUGUAUAACAAGGAAAAGCUUUUAGCGAACGGUGAUAGAGCUGAGUCUGAAAUUGCAGCGAACUUGCAUGCCGAUCACGUUUAUCGGUGACCCAUAUUCAAUUUAUGGAUUUUGGGAACCCUGCAAAAUAGAGUGACACUACAAGUAGACUGUAACGUCGCAGAUCCUUGUUUACACGUUGUUCAUUUUCUAUCACUUGCAGCGUCCUCAAUCCUGGGGUAGUCGCUGAUGAAUUGAAUACUGUAGUGGACGGUAUGGCGGCAGAUCAACGCGCAACGGAGGCGAGUUCAAGUAAACUCUGGCAUGUACUUACCUU